UCUCCCUCCGAAACUGCAGUGUUCACGAAGAACAAGUACAGAUUUCUCUUCACAGACGGCGAAGAACGAUGCAUUGCUACGCACACAGAGCGAUUAUACGACUGUUAUUUCUUUUCUUAUUCGCUCUCUUCUUUUUCUCUGCAACUGCUCGCCCGUUCGUUCUUGUUCUCUCUAAAGAUGACCUCAAAGAAAAUCCUCCCUCUUCCGCCGAAGACGAGUCAUCCAACGAUGAAUCAUCUGAGUGGGACGAGUUCGGAGAUUCCGAUAACAAGUCCGAAGACGAGCUCGAUCCCGGUUCAUGGCGUCCCAUCUUCGAGCCCGAUUCUGUAGCCGGUUCAACAUCGAAGAGCGAUGACGAAGGCCUGUAUUACUCUGGCAUCCGCAAAAUGGUAUCCUCUGUAUGCUCCGGUGAUCCUAGAUUAAUGGAGGAAGCCACUUCGGAGAUCGAGGCAGCUGCGGUUGGUGGAUUCCCUCAUGCGCAGUCGGCUUUUGGAUUUCUGUGUGGAACAGGACGAUUGAGAGAGCAGGACAGAGCCAAGGCUUUUUUGUAUCACCACUUUGCCGCCGUAGGUGGUAACAUGCAGUCUAAAAUGGCCCUCGCGUACACUUACUUUAGACAGGAUAUGUACGAUAAGGCUGUGAAGCUUUAUGCGGAAUUAGCGGAAGCAGCGGUUUCGAGUUUCUUGAUUUCCAGAGACUCGCCUGUGAUUGAACACGUUAGAUUACAUAAUGGAGCUGAGGAAAAUAAGGAGGCAUUGCGGAAGUUACGAGGGGAGGAAGAUGAGGACUUCCAAAUCACAGAGUAUCAGGCGCUGAAGGGAAAUGCCGGGGCCAUGCAUAAAAUUGGGUUUAUCUACUACUUUGGAUUGAGAGGGGUGAGGCGUGAUCAUGCCAAGGCAUUGUCAUGGUUCUUGAAGGCCGUGGAGAAGGGGGAGCCCAGGUCCAUGGAGCUUCUUGGAGAGAUAUAUGCCAGGGGAGCUGGAGUUGAGAGGAACUACACCAAGGCGCUGGAGUGGCUCACUUUGGCAUCCAAACAACAGCAUUUCUCUGCUUAUAACGGGAUGGGCUACUUGUAUGUUAAGGGCUAUGGGGUAGAAAAGAAGAACUACACUAAAGCAAAAGAGUACUUUGAGAAGGCUGCAGAUAAUGAGGAGCCUGGUGGGCACUAUAACCUGGGGGUGUUGUACCUGAAAGGAAUUGGUGUUAAAAAAGAUGUUAGGUUAGCAUGCAAGUUUUUCAUCACAGCAGCUAAUGCUGGGCAACCAAAGGCGUUUUACCAAUUGGCAAAAAUGUUCCAUACAGGUGUUGGGCUUAAGAAAAAUGUUCCUAUGGCUACUGGCUUGUACAAGUUAGUUGCAGAGCGGGGACCUUGGAGUUCUUUAUCAAGAUGGGCUUUGGAGUCAUACUUGAAGGGUGAAGUGGGAAAAGCAUUCCUCUUGUACUCAAGAAUGGCGGAGCUAGGAUAUGAGGUGGCACAAAGUAAUGCCGCAUGGAUUCUUGACAGAUUUGGAGAACGUAGUAUGUGCAUGGGAGAGGAUGGGUUUUGCACGGAUGCAGAAAGGCAUCAACGUGCACAUUCUCUGUGGUGGCAGGCUUCAGAACAGGGUAAUGAACAUGCUGCUCUUCUGAUUGGGGAUGCAUAUUACUAUGGUCGGGGUACUGAAAGAGAUUAUGAACGUGCAGCAGAGGCUUACAUGCAUGCUAAAUCACAAUCCAAUGCACAAGCCAUGUUCAACCUUGGAUACAUGCAUGAGCAUGGCCAAGGGCUUCCUUUUGAUCUUCAUCUCGCCAAGCGAUACUAUGAUCAGGCCCUAGAGAAUGAUCCAGCUGCCAAAUUGCCUGUCACACUGGCUCUCAUGAGCUUGUGGAUAAGAAAAAACUAUGCCAAUAGCUUCCUGGUUGGAUUUAUUGAUUCAUUGCCAGAAGUCUAUCCAAAAUUGGGAGCGUGGAUAGAGAACGUGAUCAUGGAUGAAGGGAACGCGACAAUCCUUACUCUAUUUGUUUGCCUAUUGACGGUCCUCUACCUUCGUGAGCGGCAAAGAAGGCAUGCAGCUGCUGGGCCUGGUGAGGUGCCCCUCCCAGUCCAACCCAAUGAGCUUGAUGCACCCGGUCCCAAUUAGUUAAAACAAUGGUGGUUCCUCACUAUUGAAGAUUGUAAUCAGGAUCCCCUAGCAUACAAAUUUCCAAAUGAUUGUCCUGUGACCAAAAUAUCGGG